AGCAGUGGAGCGAGCAUCUCUCUGUUCUCUGUUAGUUAUAGAUGAGUCCUGUGAUGAGUGAGAAGUAGGGAGACUCUGCUCUCUCUCCCUCUCUCUGUCUCUCAGUCAGAGUCAUGCGCCUGUUGAUGUGUCUCAUAUCUGCGCUCAUUUUGUGCACAAACAACAAAGCUGCUGCCGCGGAGUUCACCGAGGCUGUGGGACGUUCUCUGCAUGUCGAUGAUGGCAACUUUUCAGAGCCGGAUCAAGUGGAACAAGAGGCCUUUCACCACCAACAGCAAGUGCUGCAUCCACUGCCAGGUUCAGUCUUUAACCUUAAGGUCCAUGUUGACGACGUGCUAAGUCAUCAGCCCGUGAGCCAGGCAGUGGUCGAGGUUUACAUCAACUACACCAAGUUCAACUCAGUUCACACUGGAGAGAAUGGCACCGCUCUGCUUCAUGUACCGGACCACGCUGGUCUGCCGGUCACAGUGGUGGCCUGCAAGGAUGGAUACGUUUGCACGCUGCUGCCGUGUAAAACCAGCCGGAUGCCAAUAUUUUCAUCAGUGACCAUGUCACUACUGGGUCGAAACCAAGGGAACAUCUGGCUCUUUGAGGACUCUGUCAUGAUCACAGGAAAAACAUCUGAUACUGUGUCACAAUCUGUUGUCCAGUUUCCCAAGAGCCUACUGAAUCUGAACCAGACCGGUAAUCUCACCAUGGUCGAGGCCUAUCUAACUGUUCCCCAGCUGUCAUCAGACGGUGUCGAUGCUCUCAGCACUUUGGGCAUCAUGAGCAGUAAAUCAGGGUUUGUCAGUGUGGAGCUGAGCCCGGUGGCAGCUGUCAGCAUGCAGCUUUUCUCAGGAGACACGGAGUUGCAUAUCAGCGGGCCCGUACAGAUCAGCCUCAGCGUUCCUGACAGCUGUGGACUUCAGAUUUCCACUGUUGUCCCAGCAUGGUUCUUCAACCGCACCACUGGUGGGUGGAUGAGAAAAGGACUGGGGAAGGUGGUGUCAAGAGAUGGAAAACUCAUGUGGACAUUUACAGCCCCUCACCUGGGCGACUGGAUCGCUGCACCUCUGUCAUCAACCAGAGGCUUCUUUGAAAUUGCCAUUCCUGCUGAUUUCCUCUUACACCAUUCCUCUUUCCUGAUGGUGCUCGGAGGAGGAGUGAUUUUUGUCCUCGUCUUUCUUCUGGUUGGAUUGUAUUACGGUUGCAGACCUUCCCUCAGUGGAGCUGAGGAAAAGAUGACGAUGCUGCCAAUGUCGAAAAAGGACCAAACCACCUCCACGUGUGAAGAUCAAGUCUUUGAAGUGUCUUCAAUGGACGGUUCUCAACCCCAGGGUGGGCUGAAGCAGUCGUUCACAGAUUCCUCACUGAACGUUGGCAACACACGGGCCAGUCCCAAUGAUGUGGCUCUUACACUGGAAUGCACUGAAUCGAAUCUUGACUCUGAAUCUAAUGAUGUGACUUGUUUACACAAAACUACAGAGCAGAUGACAGUUCCGGGAUCUCUGGCUGGCAAUUUUUUCCUCUACAACCAGCCCGUUGCCAUCCUUCACGCUCCCGCGUUUUUUCAUUUGGACGAGCUGGAGGAAUACCCCGAGUGGAGCAAAUCAGCCACUCUUCCCCGAGCCGGGGCUUCAAACAGUGCUGCCUGUGAGCCGCUGAGCAAAGACGGCUUCACUCAGACGCUGCCAAAGGGUCCGCCUUCGACCCAGAACACGGAGAUGGAAGCUGAGGAUCGGUUGGGAGAGCUGGAGAGCCUACGGGGGGCCACUGCCCCCAACACAUCCAUGGGUCACUUCAAUCUCCCUGAGUCGGUGUCGGUCCCAGGAACAUUAAACAAAAUCAGGGACAGCAGGCACUCGGCGCAUGCCUUAGGAGAGUUGUCUAAAAGCUCCUCCCACCAGCCUCCCCGGGCUUGGUUUGUGUCACUGGAGGGCAAACCUGCAGCUGAGAUCCACUACGCUGUGUCAGAGCAGCACAGGAGGAGGAGGCCGGCAGAGAGUCGGGAGACCAGUUUAGACUCCGGGGUGGACAUGAACGAGCUGAACCCGUCGUCGGGCAGGAGGGCCGUACCGCUGGAGCGCAGCGCUACGUUUGUCAAAAGCUCCCCCAUCAGUAAACGCACGGAUCCACAUUAACACAUUUCUUAAUUUUCCUUAUAGGUUCAGUCAGGGAUUACAAAUCCACCUAACAAUCUGUGUCAUUAAUAUUCCAUACUGACGCUCCACUGUGACCAGACGUCAUUUAGACUUUUACUUAAAAGCGAUGUUUCUGCAUGGUGUGAUGUAUUUUUACCACAAAGUGAAUCCUUCUAUUAUAUAUUUUAGUACAAAUAAAUCAGUGAAUAAAUGAA